CACAGUCACUCGGUAUAGAUGCCUUCUCUUUAUCUGAGGGAAGGGUUAUUUGGGCGCCAAGUUAGGUCAUCGCAUUGCUGCUUUUAGGAUUUACACUUUCAGUAUAAGCUAUAUUUUAUGCACUUACUCACCACCAAAACCAAGAACUCCAUGACAGAGUUAGAAUGGGUAAAAACCAUUAACUUUAUGGCCUCUUUCCCUAACUCAUGUCCUCUUGGCUCUCAUUGUGUUUCUGCAGCGUCACCCACCGGCUGAGGUCACAUUUCGGUUUUGAUGCUUCUGCAUCUCUUUGGAAUUUACUUACCACUUAAGGCAAGUCAGAUAAACAGCUGUAGUACCUGAUACUUUUUGGCCAGGUAGAACAUGCAAACCCUUCUAAGUGCUUCACCGUCUUGGCUGAUUAACUUCCAAACAACUUUAUGGGGAAUGUAGAAGUAUUACGACUUCUUCGAGGUACUUUAACCAGGACCCUGAGCACUGGAGAGACGUGCCAGAGUCACACUGUAAAAGCAGAUGACCUAAUUUCUGAGUGCAGCCUGUAAUGGCUAUGCCAAAGUGCUUUCAUAUUGGGGGGUAGUGUUUCGUUACACUAUUUGUUGUGAGACUUGGUGGCUAAAUAGUUUUAAUGAGUCAGAAAGUACAUAAGCUGAUAGUCUAGGUAGCUAAGCUUACUGUCUAGCUGCAAACACAUCAGGUUUCCCAGCAUACCCCAAAAGGGAGCCCUCUAUUUUUUUUUAACCACCAUGACAGAGCUGUGUAAUUCAUUUACCAGUGUCACCCAGUACUAUAUGUCUUUAUAAGAAGGAGUCUUAACAUAUAAGUGCUUAACCUUUACUUCUUAAUGAUGAGCUUUUAAAUUGUUAUUGUGCUGCCAUAAUUAGGUGUAAUGCCUAAAAUGCUGUGUAUAUGUAGCUAUAAAAAGAAAGUAAUGUGAUCUAGGACUGACAGAACAGCUGUAUCUAGAGGAAAAAUCCUAUGGAAGGUUGAAAUUGAAUGUGGUAACUGCAAUUAUCUAAAGGGAAGUCUAUUACCUUAUGAUAAAACUGUCAAAAUAAUGAUUUGGUACUCUCACAAAUUGUUCAGAGAAUCAAUAAAACCAAUAUUACAUCACGGUUUGAGAAUUUAGGAAUUCCACUUUCUCCUAAUUCACAAGAAAACACUAAUAGAGUUUAAGAAUGAGCUAAUCUUAUGGUUUUGUUCCUGUUUCAUCUUGUAACUCUUAUUAGAGGAAAUAUUUUUGCUUGAGAAGCUUGAUGAGCAACAUUCUUGGAAAAUAUGAAUAGUGUUUAUGCACUGGUUCCACAUAGGAUGUCUGUAAAAUGUGCUACUUUGCUUUGCAGGGACACAGAAUACAGGAUUUUGAAUAGAACAUAGCCUCCAAGUCUGUUAUAAAUAGUAUGCUACGGGACCCUUCUCAGAUUCCAGAUGGAGUUCUAGCAAACCAGGUCUAUCAGUGCAUUGUGAAUGACUGCUGUUAUGGACCGCUGGUGGACUGCAUCAAACAUGCUAUUGGCUAUGAGCAUGAAGUCCUGCUGAGAGACUUGCUCCUGAAGAAAAACCUUUCCUUCCUAGAUGAAGAUCAGCUCCGUGCAAAGGGCUAUGACAAAACGCCAGACUUCAUUUUACAGGUGCCAGUUGCUGUGGAAGGGCACAUAAUUCACUGGAUUGAAAGCAAAGCCUCAUUUGGUGAUGAAUGCAGUCACCACGCCUACCUGCAUGGCCAGUUCUGGAGCUACUGGAAUAGGUUUGGACCAGGCUUGGUCAUCUAUUGGUAUGGAUUUAUCCAGGAACUAGACUGCAACCGGGAAAGGGGCAUCCUGCUCAAAGCCUCUUUCCCAACAGACAUUGUCACUUUAUGCCACAGCACAGCUUCACCCUGAAGACCCUGGGAGAGAAGCCGGAAGCAAUGUUACUUUCCUGCAGUAUAAACUGCUGGCAACAUCUGCCCUGAACUCCAGCUGAACCCUUGCUGCUGCAGUCGCAGCCCUACCUCUCCAGACAAACAUAUCAAGAGUUUCUGUUUUCCUUCAUCCCAAGCUGACGUGAAUAGCCAAGAACUACAGACACAACCCACUCACUAUCAGCAGUUCUGUCUCUGACAAACAGUUAGUUUAUAGAUAGUCAUAAUCUUGCUUCCUUCCGAAUGCUUUCUCCUUGUACACUGAACAGAAGAAAUAGAAUAGAGACUGAAAGGUGUAAUUUUUCAAUUUUCUUCCCUAUUAUCGGAUAUUUUUUCUUCUGAACCUCCAUUCAUAUUCUC